AUGGAUCGUGUUAGCAAUCUACCAGACGAGCUUCUUUAUCAGAUCUUAUCCUUCCUUCCCACAAAGGAUGCUGCUGUGACUUCGGUUCUCUCAAAGAGAUGGCUCAAUCUGUGGAAAUUUAACCCUAACCUUGACAUUGAUGACACUCUCUUUCUCCAUCCUGAAGAUGGUAAAGGGAAAGGGCAGAGAUUAGACAGAGCUUCGUCGACUUCGUGGACAGUAUUGAGGAAGUUUAUUCCUUCUUUCCCUGUCUUGAGGACUUACGAAUGGCUAACAUUCCGUGGCAUGAAAGCAUGUAACCGUGACAAGUGCAAGCCUCAGAAAGCUAAACCUCCACGGCAUCGGUUGUUUAGAUGA